AUGGGCCAAAAACACAGUAGUUUGGACGAGGAUUUAAUGCGGCGUCACAAGAUUAACACAAACGAGCUUGAAGCUCUGAAAAAUUUAUUUCGCGAAUGGAGUGGCGGGAAGCAUAAAACACUGACCAGGACGAAGUUCAGAGAGGUUUACAAACAAGUGUUUCCGGGGAAUUCAUCUCAGUUUGCAGACGAGAUGUUCCGAUUGUUUGACGAUGAUGGGAAUGGUGAGGUGGAUUUCGCCGAGUUCGUCCGCUACAUCUGUCUGUGUGACAGCGAGGAUAUCGAAGAGAGAAUUCAGGCUGCCUUUAGGUUAUAUGAUAAGGACAAUAGCGGGACCAUAACGCAAGCUGAAGUGGGAGAGAUGCUGGAGGCUUAUGAAAUGAUGUUAGGAAGUUCAAUUGAAGAUGGAAAGAGUGGACGUCAGAUUGCUGAAGAAUUCUUUGAGGAAAUGGACGCAGACCACGACGACUCGGUUACAUUGGAGGAGUUUACACAGGCCGCCAGGCGAGAUUCACGUAUCCUCCAUAUAGUGACUCCCAAACCACCAACGUGGACUGACUAG